GGAGUCCAGCAAUGAAUAAGCUACGGCAGAGCUUCCGGCGAAAGAAAGACAUCUAUGUGCCGGAGUCAAGUCGGCCACACCAAUGGCAGACGGAUGAGGAGGCGGUUCGAAGCGGCAAGUGCAGCUUUGCAGUCAAGUACUUGGGCCAUGUAGAAGUGGAGGAAUCCAGAGGCAUGCACAUCUGUGAGGAUGCAGUGAAGCGCCUUAAGACGGACAGGAAAUUCUUCAAAGGAUUCUUUUCUAAAGCUGGGAAGAAACCAGUGCGAGCUGUGUUGUGGGUGUCUGCAGAUGGUCUUCGUGUUGUAGACGACAAAACAAAGGACCUGAUUUUGGAUCAGACRAUAGAGAAGGUGUCGUUCUGCGCACCAGACAGGAACUUUGAGAGGGCGUUCUCCUACAUCUGCAGAGACGGCACCACUCGACGCUGGAUCUGUCACUGUUUUAUGGCCAUCAAAGACUCAGGCGAGCGACUAAGUCACGCUGUCGGUUGUGCGUUUGCUGCGUGUCUGGAGCGAAAACAGAAACGUGAAAAGGAGUGUGGUGUCACGGCAACCUUUGAUGCUAACAGAACCACUUUCACUCGCGAGGGCUCGUUUCGUGUUACCACAGCAACAGAGGCAGCAGAGCGAGAAGAGGUCAUGAGACAGAUUCAGGAUACCAAAAAGGUCCCUGAGGUGGAAGGAGAAGGUGACAGCAUCAGUGCACUGUGUACUCAGAUCACCACAGCUUUCAGUGGGCCCUCAGAGGACCCCUUCUCUUCAGCUCCAAUGCCCAGACCAGCGUCUUCUCCACAGUCUCCUGUGGCUCCAGUGAAUGGCUCAAUGCCUGCCUUCUCUGUUGCUGCUGCUAACCCCCCAGUCCUGCCCCCUGCUGUGCCUGCACGAGAUACUAACCCCUGGGCUAAGAACCCAGGAGGGGUCCCACCCAUGGCACAGUCAGCAGGAAGUGUGUGGCAGUCAGCUGCUGCAGUCGUAGCCCCGCCCCCCUCAUCUUCUCCAGUCCUGAGCUCUCACAAACGCACAGCGUCAGAAGCAGACCGCUGGUUGGAGGAAGUCUCUAAAUCAGUGCGAGCUCCUCAGCCCACCCUUCCCCAGGUGGCCUUCGUGCCUUCUGGAACCCCUGUCCCCCCCGUUGUGCCCCUGCUGCCCCCUCGCCAGCCUGCCUUCAGCACUCAGGCUCAGUGUUCGUACCCCGUGUCCAACGGGCUUCCGUUCCCUCAGCCCAGUGUCCCCGUGUUCGGCAUCACUCCGUCACAGAUGGUGGCGAAUGUGUUCGGCUCGGCCAGCCACGCCCCAUCGUUCCCAGYUGCAGCCCCCACAGCCCCGCAGCACAGUCCAGUCCCCCCGUUUAGAACCCCGCCACAGUCCACAGAGCUGCACUGUGCUCCCGUCCAGCCCCCCAACGGCAGCGCCAGCUUUAACGACAGCUGGGCCGCCCACCCUUCCCCCUCGGCCCAGCCCGCACCGUCGCAGCAACAAGAUGCUUUCGAGGCCCAGUGGGCCGCCCUGGAGAGCCGCUCACACCAACGCACCACACCUUCACCAACAAACCCCUUCUCCACGGAGCUGCAGAAGACCUUUGAGAUCCAGCUCUGAGCUCUGUGCAGGCAGAGCUGACAGAGGACAGUCCUGCUCUCCUCCUGGCUCAGAAUGUUGUACUGCCGCGCUACAACAACACAACAACACAACCAUGUGACACACAGGUGGCUGUUACAGGGCUGCAGCUCCUCAGGCAUUUCAUUUGCACUCUUUCUAUUCUUUUCUUCAAGCUGAGCAAAACCUUCUCAUUAUGACCCUGUGGAGCCCCCAGCCAGCAGAUUAAAGACCACUCAGCACCAGAUCUGACGUUCUCCUUAACAACGCCUCAGCCUGGASGAUAAAACCAGACAAAUGCCAAAAGGUUUAUUUUUUAUGCAUUGAGUAUAUUUUAAAUAGCUUUGGAGUUUAACAGAAGAGUUGUAAGUAAUCUUGCCAAAGGCACAGGCUAUCUAUGAUGCAACUAGUUUAUGUAAACAAGAAAUGAUCAUCUAUAUAUAUACAAAUACUGUACACACAACUCAGCAGUGCUAAUUGAUGUAAAGAGAUUUUUGUGAAGGGACAGCUGCUUUAUGUGUGUAGUUUUUUUAAUUUUGUUGUUUUUCCUGCUCUGUUGCAUCCUGUGAUUGGAUGUUAAAACAAAUGGACCUUAACUAGGGUCUCAUUGCAACAACAAUCAGUCUGGACCUAGACGUGGUGGUGGUGCCUCUUUCACCUGUACUAAGUUCUUACUAGGUUUACUACAAAUCAAAAUGAAAUAUUUUAUUUUGUUUCUGUCCUUUUUGUUUUAUAUUAAUGUUAUUUAACACAUUUGGAUGCAACAAUCAAGUUUCAGAGCCUCGUGGGAAUUAAAGUUUUUUUAGUUUUUUUAUUUUGCACAAGCACUAAAGUAGAUAAUUUGAGGCCACAGGUGACUGUGACCAGCACGGCCCAGUCACUGCUGGUCUGUUCACCUACAGGGAGAUCAGUUGUUUUCAUGUCUCUGUCAUCUUUUUAUUUUUCUUUUAAAUCAAACCUGUGAAUAUGAUUUCUGCUCUAUUUUUUCAUUUUGUAAUUAUUUCAUUUUUCAAUCCAGUUCACUGGACAAAUACUGAAGCUAAUAGAUUGAAUAAAUUUAUGGUGUUAAAA